AUGGGUGACUGGAGUGCUCUGGGUCGCCUGCUGGACAAGGUCCAGGCGUACUCCACAGCCGGAGGGAAGGUUUGGCUUUCAGUCCUCUUCAUCUUCAGGAUCCUGGUCUUGGGCACGGCAGUGGAGUCAGCGUGGGGUGACGAGCAGUCGGCCUUCAAAUGUAACACCCAGCAGCCUGGUUGUGAGAACGUCUGCUACGACAAGUCCUUCCCCAUCUCGCACGUCCGCUUCUGGGUGCUGCAGAUCAUCUUUGUGUCCACGCCCACCCUCCUCUACCUGGCCCACGUGUUCUACCUGAACAGGAAGGAGCAGAAGUUCAACAGGAAAGAGGAGGAGCUUAAAGCCGUGCAGAAUGACGGGGGUGAUGUUGACAUCCCGCUGAAGAAACUGGAGAUGAAAAAGUUAAAGUACGGCAUUGAGGAGCAUGGCAAAGUGAAGAUGAAGGGCGCUCUGCUCAGAACAUACAUCUUCAGCAUCUUCUUCAAGUCCAUAUUCGAGGUGGGCUUCCUGGUGAUCCAGUGGUACAUGUACGGUUUUAGCCUGGCUGCUGUGUACACCUGUGAGCGAGCGCCCUGCCCACACAGGGUGGACUGUUUCCUGUCUCGCCCCACGGAGAAGACGGUCUUCAUCAUCUUCAUGCUGGUGGUGUCUCUGGUGUCGCUGCUGCUCAACGUCAUCGAGCUCUUCUACGUCUUCUUCAAGAGGAUCAAAGACCGUGUGAAGGGCAAACAGCAGCCCACCCUCUACACCAGUGGGGGCACGUUAAGCCCCACCCCUAAAGAGUUGACCACUGCCAAGUACGCGUACUACAACGGCUGCUCCUCCCCCACUGCCCCACUCUCACCCAUGUCACCCCCAGGCUACAAGCUGGCCACGGGGGAGCGGGGAACUGGCUCGUGCCGCAAUUACAACAAGCAGGCCAAUGAGCAGAACUGGGCCAACUACUCCACGGAGCAGAACCGGCUCGGUCAGAACGGUGGAGGAAGCACGAUUUCAAACUCCCACGCACAGGCCUUUGACUUCCCCGAUGACACCGUCGAGCACAAGAAACUGUCAUCAACAGCAGGACACGAGCUGCAGCCGCUGGCACUGAUGGACGCUCGGCCCUGCAGCCGGGCAAGCAGUCGCAUGAGCAGCCGGGCCAGGCCGGACGACCUGGAUGUGUGA